ACGUGACGUCACCGUAGAAAUCUGUAGAGAGAAUGCAGUGAGAUAGUUUCGUCAGUUUGCGAUAAGAUUAAUUAGAAGCAGAUGUUACAUACAUUUUGGUGUUUUGUUAUGGCACUUGACCAUCUUCCAUUUUAAAUUUUUCUACAUUAGUGACUGAAGAUGAAAGAUAUACAGAACAAUGUGUUAGGUAUGCUGUACAGUUUUCUGUCGGUGAUUGUGGUCAUUUGAGUGCGACAAAUGGCCUACUUAAUGCUUUCUAAACAGGAUUAAUUUUUUAUUCUGCAAGAACCUAUGUUAUGGUCGUGCCAACCUCAUAGAAAGCUGAAGAUUUCAGUAUUGUGUAUUGUUGCAGUUAUACUGUGUACAUUGCCUUUGCAAACUUGUGCAUUGUUGUGAGAGCAAGGGUAAACAUGGGGUUGUUGUUUACAAAAAUUUGGAGCUUAUUUGGUAAUGAAGAGCACAAGAUCGUGAUGGUGGGCCUGGACAAUGCAGGAAAGACCACAAUACUUUACCAGUACCUGAUGAAUGAAGUUGUUCACACAUCCCCUACUAUUGGUUCAAAUGUUGAAGAAGUGGUUUGGAAGAAUAUCCAUUUCAUAAUGUGGGAUUUGGGUGGUCAGCAGUCUCUUAGAGCUGCAUGGAGCACAUACUACAGUAACACGGAGUUUGUGAUUGUGGUUAUCGAUUCUACGGAUCGUGAGCGUCUGGCGGUGACGAGAGAAGAACUGUACCGAAUGCUGGCUCAUGAAGAAUUAUCAAAGGCAGCUGUUCUCAUAUAUGCCAAUAAACAGGACUUGAAAGGUUCCAUGUCAGCAGCAGAAAUUAGUAAACAGUUAGACCUUACGUCGAUAAAGGAACAUCGGUGGCAGAUCCAGUCGUGUUGUGCUCUCACUGGAGAAGGGUUGUACCAGGGUCUGGAAUGGAUCUGCAGUCAGUUGAAGAAAAAGUGACAUCAGGACUUUUUAUAGUGAUUUUUUUUAUGGCAUGUAAUGAAUCAAAUCAGAGGAGGUUGUAACACGCAGAACAUUUCUGCAUAGACAUUUGUUAACUUUUUAUGUAAACUUAUUUUUGGCCCAUCUUUAAAUCUUCCGAUGUUGGAAGAAUUUGAUCGUGUGAACUUACGAUGAAUAAAAGGGACAUGAUACAUCACACUUAAAUAUGCAGCAACACUGUAAAUAUGAACAUGGACAUGAAUUAAACAGUCACUGGUGAA